AUGACUCCGGCCAACUUGAAUGUCCUGGGAACGCCACCAACACGAUCCUCCGUUUCAGCAUUUGGGCUGCCGUUCUUGGGCUUGUUUUUGGAAGCGCUGGAGAGGACGACAAAGGUACCAGUUCCUAUAAUCACGGGUAUCGCUGGGCCGGGACGCGGCGGUUGGCACGGUGCGGCGGAGCAUGGUCGUGCCUGGGACCGGGUUGAAGUGCAGGAGGUGAACCCUUCUGCCGCAAGCACCCUUGAGCGGUAUUGCUCCAUCCUGGCACUCCGGGACAACAUUCCAUGUCAAAGGAUUGUCGACAGCGUGUAUUACGGAAAACACAGGCAGAGUUCUCAGCUUCACGCUCAGAGAUUUGUCAGCGCCGCCGCAUUCCACAGACAUCAUGGUGGCAAUUUGUUGUUAUCGGCGUCUCUGGGCGGUUCAGCGGCGCUCUACUCGUUCGCACAUCAGCACAAACAGGAAACGGGCCGGUUCAAAAGGAUGUCUGCUGGGGAUCUGAGCAACGCUCUUGAGGCGUUUGCAACGAUUGAUCCCUUCACCAACCAGGGCGGAGUGGGAACACUCUUGUAUGCCAGGACUCCCAAGCCACUCUUCCCAACCUCUGACGCGAAUCAAAUUCUGGACAUGGACAGGGAUCCAAUACCGAAGCCGAGGCCGCUUCGGAGGGGAGGUGCAGAUCCCGUGAAGCUGGCCAGGGUCUUACUUCAAAAGGGAGCCUCUCCAAACACUAGACUCAAACACGUGACACUCCCGUCCUGGGACGGCUCGUAUUGGACGCCGUGGACGGCGACACUUCUCGGCGUGGCAGGGCUCAUACGCAAGGGCGAACUGCUCGAUGACAUUGUGCUCGAUGGCAUUCUGCUCGACGUGAUGGAGCUCUACCUUUUGCACGGCGCGGAUCCGACCGUCUGCUUCGUGGGCAGGUAUCUGCCCGAACACAAGCUCGAGCUGGUGCCAACUUACCGUGUUGGCCCCGGUGUGUAUGUCUUGACAGGAGCGCCGGACCACGUGAAGAAUCUCUUUGGUGAGCAUCCGGACAGGUGGCACUAUAUCACUCUACCGCAGCUGCUCGAGCUCGUGGCAGAGCACAACAAAAAGCAAACCGUUGCGGAUCUGCUCUAUGCCAAGUCAUCAGGGGUGGCCUCGCAGUGGGUGAGCGCGGCCGCCGCGAGCUGGGGAGGGAGGGGACGACGGCCUGGCAACAGGUCGUUGACGAACAUCAAACUCGAGCUGGCCCAACUUGGGACCUGUUACUUCGUUGUGUCGAUGAUCGUCAACGAGCAAGAGCUCACGAGUGGAAGGACCCCGAAUGUGAAGCACACCGACUGUGUGUGUGAUUACCCGGACAACUCCCUGCUAUAUGCCACUGAUUUUUUCUUCAUCGCCCUCGAGCCAUCCCGCGAGAGGCGACAUACCAUCCUGCACUGGUGUCACCAAUUCGACAAGUCGAUGAUGUCCACAGACCCUGACCUGUACAACCGAUCGGUCAUCUCGAUCAAAGGAUGA